AUGUCCGACCCAGCCAGUCAACUUCGCAUACAAGACAGCAAGGAGAAGCUCCAGCAGGCGUACAGCCACGCAGUCAGCGCCAAACAAAGUGCCGAAUCCGACUUUAAGCAAGACCAAGAUGCUGGCCUCGCCGGUGAUCAGAACUUCAACACUUGGACUGUUCAAAAUGCGCCUGCUUACCACGCGGCACUUAAUAAUUACCAAGCUUCGAAGGCUGCGUACGAUGCGGCACUUCAACAUGGUGACAAUGAGGCGUUCGUUGCCUGGAAUCAGAAGUACAGAGAGGCAGUGUUGGGAGACAACCCUGCAAGGCCCGAUUACGACGUUCUUGUUGAGCCUUGA